GACUAUUUGAAUGAGGAGGACAAAGUAUCACAUUGAGAUGCUAUAAGGAAGGAUCUGAAGAACUAUUUUUUAACUCGCAAAAGGACAAGAGUUUGAGGCUGAAGGAUGACCACUGACUACGACUAUGAUUAUAAUAUAGAGAACAACAUUCAUGAUAUCCCCCAUCAUGGAUGCUACUGGGGCAACGGUGCAUACACAUUCUAUGUGCUGACGUUGGUCGUCAGUAGCAUUGGCCUCCCCUUGACCCUUGCAGCCAUCUUCGCCAUUUAUUCUCUGGUGCGUAGGGAUCACGUCGCUCCGAUCUACGUCAUCAACCUUCUCAUAACAGAUUUAGUUCAGGUCUGCUCCAUGAUCAUUUUGGUCCAAGAGUUCAGUGAUUGGAGAGUCUGUCAUGCAUUCUUUUACAUUCAUCAUCUCGGUGUGAUGGUCAGCGUUUCCUUCAUGGUCGUUGUCUGUUUUGAAAGGUAUUUGGCCGUCGUCUGGCCAGUGUGGUACCGAUGCAGACGAAGCAUCAAGACAUCCGUGGUGGUCUGUGUUGUGAUGUGGAUCUUGCCUUUUCUUUACCUCCCUAUCUUUUUGAUUGUUUACAAUGACACAGCAGAAAUCGUCAUCGCUGUAUUCCUCCUCCUUCCGUUCCCGCUGUUCAUUUUCUUUUUGGUUGGGACGGUCAAAGCCCUCUCUACAAACAACGGUGUCUCUUCUGAUGAGAAACGACGAAUUCUGGCCAUUCAGGUCCUGGUGCUGCUUAUUUACACGUUGCUGUACCUGCCACGUGUUGUUUUUUCCCUGGAAGUAAGAUACAGACAUCGUCUCACCUUUGAACUUCUGACAAUCAUUCCUGUUCACUUCAGUCCUCUGGCAGACCUGUUUAUCUACAUUUUCAUGAGGAAAGGGAAUGUAGACAGGCUUUUGGCCUCUUUGUGUCCUAGCAAAAUGGAGGAUGAUAAUAUUAACAUAUUAACAGCAAAUGAGGAAAAUGUUGCCACAGUCGGGUCUGCGGAGGCAGAAGGAGGGGAAGUAGAAAAAACAGAUGGGGAAGUGUAGGCUAAAAGAAAAGAGCAGGAUUAUGCAGGAUAAAUACUGUCCACAAUGUGAUUAAAACUGUGUAUGCUACAAUUGGUCUGAUUCACUCCCACAUAUUAAACU